CUUUCUCUAAGCUUGUGUUUUUGUUCAAGAUUUGUAUUUUGAGUUUUUUGUUAUUUCUUUUAGUUUCAAAUGAAUUGAAUUCUCAACAUACACUGUUUUUAAAUAAUUGUUUAUCAUAAGGUUUGUGUGAACCUUAAGCUUGUCCUAUGGUUGUUUGAUUUAUUUAUUUUGGUGAUAAUUCUUACCGAUGAAGGGUAAAGGUAAAAAGGAAAGAGACUCCGAAGAUGAGUGCCCAUUGUUAUUCAUCGACUUUAAGUCGAUUGAUUUUAAAGACUGUCCUCGUUUAUCUUCUAUUUUGAACCGAAAAGAUGAAAAAAAUAUUGGAUUGAAAGAUCUUGAUUGUCUACAAUUGGAACUAGAGUCUUUAUUAACUUCGGUUAUCUCGAGAAAAAACCAACUUGAGAAUGAAAUGGAAUCUCUGGUCAAUUGGCAUGAUGCUAAAACAAAGGAUAAAAAGUUGAAUGUUAAGCAGUCCGAAGCAUCAGGAAAACGAAGUAAUCAAUUGGAUGCCAGUACAAGUAAAAAAUUCAAGGAAUCUCACUCCACAAAUCAUUCAGCUCCUCAUGGAUCGAAUAAUAAUAGUGGAAAAUCUCAAGGAUCAAUAAGGUCCAAAAGUAAAGAUGUGAAAACACAAGACGUACCUGAUUCAUUUAAUGAUCCGUUGGCAAUUGCUUCUAACUCAACUCCAAUUAGGAAUGAUCUCCCUGAGAAAUUCUGGAAAUUUGUCGAACCCUAUUGUGCCCCCGUUAAACCUGAGGAUAUUAAGUAUCUUGAAGAGAUUCUAAAGCAAUGUGAAGUUGAUGAUGAUCUUUUAAAAAUCCCUACAAUUGGUAAAAACAAUCAUACAUCGUGUAAAUUGGAUGACUCAUGGGAAAGUAAAACCGAUUCUUCUAAAAGUAAUACUGCUCUCGAAAAGAAGAAAGGUCUAAGUCCGUACAAUAGUGCAACGCCAGGUGAAAAAUGCUCAAAGAAAACCAAAGAUUCUAGAAACGACUCUGACAAGUGUUGCUUCGGAAUUUUAACUCAAAGACUUGUAUCCUGUCUUAUUGAAGAAAAUCUUUCUCGAGGAGAAGGAUUAGACACAGACCUCGAAUUAAAUGAAAAAAUAUCCAAUGCAAGCAAUAUAAACCUACUCAAGUCGCUCAAUUUUGGCAAUACAAAUGGUUUGGAGAAGCGUUUAAAAAAGGAACUCGAAGAGCAAGGACUUUUGGAUCCAGAAGAUGGUGAAAUAGCUGAUGGUUUAGACGAAGAAUCGGAUGAGAUUUUAGCUGAAAUGAUUAAAUGUCAAAAUGAAUUGAAAAUCAUUUCAGCCAAAAACCAGGCAACAAUAAAGUAUCUCUUAGAGAUGGCAAAGAAGGAUGUUACCAAACAAGAAUGGGAAACAAAACUGAAGGCUGCUGAUACUGAAGUCAUGGAAGCUUAUAAAAAAAUUUUAAGCGCUAAACAGAAAAAGCGAAUUCCUACCAAAAAAGAGAAAGAGGCUGCUACAAAAGCGUUAAAAGAUAGAGAAGCAAUUUUGAAAGAAAUUGAUUCAAUCAAAUGAUCGGAAAUUCAAAUUGCCGAAUAUUUUCACUUCUUUUCUUCACAUUUAUUUAUCUAGUACAAACAUGGACAAAUCCAUUGAGAGAUUAUGUUCAACUUUCCUCUCUUUAUACAGCAAAGGUACUUUGGUACAAUUUGGUCGGGUGCAAUUAUAAUCAAGACGCAAAACUAUCCCAGUGAACUUGAACUUAUUUUCCCGGUUUCUCUAUCAGCAAAUCGACCAAGUCACAGAGGAUUAUUUAUCUGAGAGUAAAACUGGAUCCCAUUUAUUAUCUUUGAUUAACCAACACUGCCAUUAUCAUAGCCAAUUUUGUCAUAUUCUUCCACCUCACAAAUUCAUCUUUUUUUCAUCUCUCACAUCUUUCAUAUAUAAAUAUUUAUAUACAUAUUACCUUAUUCCUUGUUUAAUUUAUCCUGAAUUAUGUCAAACAUUUUACCUCAACUCUAAAGUUGAAACAAAAUUUUUGCCAGUAGUUAAAUUCAGUCUAAUAAUUUUAAAACAUUUUUUUAUGAGAAACAAAUAAGCUAUCAUCAUUAUAUCUUGUAUACUGUCCAUCAUUCAUACUCACCAAUGUCACUAGAAAAAUUUUCCUCAAUUAAUUUGGUAAAUGCUUAAAUUGAUUAAAUUUUAGCAUAAUUAUAGAAAUUUUACUUGAAUUAAACGUUUACAUUUAGAA